AUGAAGGCAUCCCUGUACGCCCUCGCCGCUGCUGCGGCCAUGUGCCGUAGUGUCCGUGCGGCUACUCCCGCCCAAUGGCGUUCCCACUCCAUCUACCAGGUCCUCACUGAUAGGUUUGCUCGUACCGAUGGCAGCACCACUGCCACCUGCAACACCCAGGACAGGGUGUACUGCGGUGGAACCUAUCAGGGAAUCAUCAACAAGCUGGACUAUAUCCAGGGCAUGGGCUUCACGGCCAUUUGGAUUUCGCCCGUCGUCGAGAACUUGCCCGAAGACACCGGCUAUGGUGAAGCCUACCAUGGCUACUGGCAGCAGGACCUGUACAGUUUGAACUCCAAUUUCGGGACUGCCGAUGAUCUCAAGAACCUCGCAGCCGAGUUGCAUGAUCGUGGAAUGUACCUGAUGGUCGACGUGGUCGUCAACCACAAUGGCUGGGCGGGCUCAGCAAGCUCUGUGGACUACAGCCGGUUCAAUCCGUUCAACUCUCAGGACUACUACCAUUCCUACUGCACUGUGAACUACAAUUCCCAAGACAGCGUUGAAGACUGCUGGCUUGGGGACAACACUGUUCAACUCGUGGACCUCAAUACAGAGGACUCUCGGGUGGUGCAAGGGUAUGAGACAUGGAUCUCUCAGCUUGUUUCAAACUACUCCAUUGAUGGCCUGCGCAUCGACACUGCCAAGCAUGUCGACAAAGCUUUCUACCCUGGCUUCCAGAAUGCUGCCGGUGUCUUCUCCACUGGAGAAGUCUUUGAUGGAAACCCAUCGUACACCUGCGACUACCAAAACUACAUGGACAGUGUUCUCAACUAUCCCAUUUACUACCCCCUGACUCGGGCCUUCACUUCGUCGAGCGGAUCCAUUUCCGACCUAGUGAACAUGAUCAACACCCUCAAGUCCGGCUGCAAGGAUACCACCUUGCUCGGCACCUUCACCGAGAACCACGACAUCACGCGCUUCGCGGCCAUCACGUCCGACUUCUCGCAGGCGAAGAACGUGCUCGCGUUCAACAUCCUCGCCGACGGCAUCCCCAUCAUCUACGCCGGGCAGGAGCAGCACUACGCCGGCGCCGAGGAUCCAGACAACCGCGAGGCCACCUGGCUCUCGGGCUACAACACUGACGCCGAGCUGUACAAGUUCAUCGCAUCCGUCAACCAGAUCCGCAACCAGGCCAUCGCCGACGACGCCAACUACCUGACCUACCAGAACUGGGUCAUCUACAGCGACGGCACCACCAUCGCCAUGCGCAAGGGCUUCGACGGCAACCAGAUCAUCACCGUGCUCAGCAACAAGGGCGCCAAUGGCGACGGCUACACGCUCAACCUCGGCAACACGGGCUGGUCGAGCGGGACCCAGGUCGUUGAGAUUUUGACCUGCGCGACCGUCACCGUCACUAGCAGCAAUACCGUUACAGUUCCCAUGGCUAACGGCUUGCCGAGGAUUUACUAUCCGCGGGCCAACCUUGUUGGGACCGGCAUUUGCGGCCUGUGA